UGAGACCACAAUCGAGACAAAAUAGGAACUCACACGGGUUCAAGCUCUUUAUUUAUUCAUUAAAUGACGUUAAUUUUUCAUUAGUAGCUCCGUAAAUCCGUGGCUCACAUUUUGACACGUAAUUAGAGUGAGUAAAACAAGUUGCGGGCAGAUCCUGAAAGUUUGUCUACAAGUGUUUGGAAUAAGGAAAUCGUCUCCGGCUAACGUUAUGUAGCAAGCUGAUCUCAGUUAUCCACUCGUAAACUCUGCUAUCAUUUCACAGACUGUUGUAAAUCGCACUUAAAGGCAUGACCGAGUACAAACUUGUGGUGGUCGGGGCAGGAGGUGUGGGGAAGAGCGCUCUCACCAUCCAGCUCAUCCAGAACCACUUUGUUGAUGAAUAUGAUCCAACCAUCGAGGACUCGUACAGAAAACAGGUGGUGAUCGAUGGAGAGACGUGUCUUUUGGACAUCCUGGACACUGCAGGUCAGGAAGAGUACAGCGCCAUGAGGGACCAGUAUAUGAGGACAGGAGAGGGCUUCCUCUGUGUGUUUGCCAUCAACAACACCAAAUCUUUUGAGGACGUUCACCUCUACAGAGAGCAGAUCAACAGGGUGAAGGACAGUGACAGUGUUCCCAUGGUGCUGGUUGGGAAUAAGAGCGAUCUGAGUACCCGUACAGUGGAGACACGGCAGGCGCAGGAACUUGCACGAAGCUACGGAGUACCGUUUGUGGAGACAUCUGCCAAAACCAGACAGGGUGUGGAGGAAGCUUUUUAUUCGCUAGUGCGGGAGAUUAGAAGAUACAAGGAGACCAACCGUAGCAACAAGAAGAGCAAGAAGAACACUCAGAGACGUUGUGUAAUUCUAUAGCAAACCACACACACAGCAUACUUUACAGCACUUAACGCACGCCCCCACACACUGCACCUCCUCUGUCACAUUGAGGACGUCCUGCACAGCUCAGGGCAGGGAAGCAUAUGUGGCAAAAAUCCAUGUUUACUGCAGUCACACUUUCCUCUUACGGUAUGUCACCACAAGAUUUGCCAUUUUUUCAUCCAGUGUGCAGUGUCUGUUUAACGCUGUGAAUUCAGUUCGUUUUUUCUUUUUUGUUUGGUGACCAAACAAAUAGGAGUUUUUUAGUUU